AUAAUAAUAUUUCAGAUAUUAUUCUAUAAUUUCAAGAUGGCAAAGGGAAAUUGUUUGAUUUGUCACGUGACCUCUCCUGUCUGCGGAAACUGUAAACUAGUUUCGUACUGCACACACCACAAAUCUGCUCAUAUAAGGGAGGAUUACUGCUUUCCAUUCACCAUCCAACAGAACUCUGAUGUGGGAAGACAUUACGUUGCUGUCUGUGAUAUUCAACCAAUGGAGCUUAUAGUUACGGAACAGGCGGUUAGUACGGGACCGUACACCAAAUCCAUCCCGCAGUGCCUGGGAUGUUGUAGAACCAGUUGUCUGAGCUACCUGUGUCCAGGCUGCAGGUUUCCACUCUGCCAGGUAGAGUGUGCUGAGGGUCAGCACAUGGUGGAGUGUAAAUUGUUUAGCAAGGCUGGAUUCAAAGCUAAGAUUGAAAAUUUGACGCGUGAAAGUCCAUGCUAUGCUGCAAUUGCUGUGAUAAGAUUAUUUUAUCUGAGGGAUUCGAAUCCGUCAGCAUUUGAUCAGCUGAUGAAAUUUGAACAUCACAAGGAACGAAGACGACUUGAAGAUCUACAGCUGACUCAGUACCAUACCAAAUAUGUUGUGGACUUCCUUAUAAAAGUUUGUAAGUUGAAAGUAAGUGCAUCAGAAAUUUUUCAAGUGUUAGGAGCCAUGUUUACUAAUUCCUUAGAUAUAGAGCUUCCAAAAGGAUAUGGGCGAGAGAACGGGUUCUAUCCAACCUAUGCUUAUAUAAACCACAGCUGCAGAAGUAACACAGUGACAGUGAGAUUUCCUGACAAACACAUUGAG